AUGCCGCAUGGAACGGAGACACAGUCUAAUGCGUCUCCAAUUGGUGGCUAUGCACCUGCAUCUUCACAGGACACUGAGUCUGAGCUGGCGUUAAACGAGAGCGUACAAAAUGGGCCCCAAGCGUCAGCCAUGCCGGACACUGUCUUUUAUGGCAACAAUAACUUCGACGAAGAUUUCAUGGCGCAGCUGCCGACCAAGCAGCUUCCUGAGAGCUCGAUGGGAGACCUGAUCAGCGAUGCUGGGUACUCUCUAAAGUCUACAGACAAAGCCGACGAAAGGCCCGGAGAUCCCAGUCUUGACUUGACAGGAUUCGGCACGCAGUUUGAGGUUGAACAUGGACAGCCAAAGAAUUUGAUUCGAGACCUUGAAGCUUGGAUCAGAGAAAAACGGGUGGCUUCUUCUGAACCUAGAAGACUGUUUCUGCCAAUCGAUCAACUCGAAAGAUGCAUGACGGCAGGUAACAUCAAACUACAACUUCGUCAUGCUGGCGUACGCGAAGACGUUGAAACACUCUCAGCCAGUCUAAUCAUGCGGGGGAAAAGCUCCCGACAAAGGAUAUUUGCAAUACUGUGUAUGAUCGAGUUAUCUGCGCAAAUUGGCGCAUUCAUCAAGGCAGGUAUCUAUGAUACUGAUCUUCCGUUCAUCAUCAAGGAGAACAAAGUAUACAGCGAGGUAACAGAAGGAUCUGAAAGGUAUUUGAAAGCUAGGCUGGCACUCAAACCUGCAAUUUGGCGAACUAUCUACUGCGAAGCAUUUGAAACACACCAGGGAGAAAUAUCGCCUCCGAUCUUCAAGCUCACCUGGGCCGCCAAUGAGAAAGUUCUCCAUUUCUCACUUAAAGACGAAUUGGUGCUACCGUUCAUGGAGGUCAAGGAAGCUUCUCAGGAGGGCACGGUCAACGGAAGUACUGAGUGGGAAGGCGGAACAUCUUUUGUGCGGAAGGUAAAAAUACAUGCUGCACAUUACAAUGCCCAUCCAGACAUGGCGGCAAAGAAUGACACUUACUUUGCGGUUAAGGAGUUGAAGGUUGUGCAUGAUUCUAAGAAAAACCGCAGCUACAAACAAGAUCGCGAAGCCGUCGCACUCAAAAGGUUUCACGACAAGAGUCAUCCGCACCUGAUCAGACUUCUCGCAACUUACACAUAUCGAAAUCAUUUCAACCUUAUAUUUCCGUGGGCGGAUGGAAACCUCAAAGAGUUUUGGGAGAAACGCUUUCCAGACCUUGGGAUGGCCCGCGAAGACCCAAAUAUCGUAAAGUGGAUAUCUGCACAGAUACUUGGCCUGUCCAAGGCGCUUAAACUCAUCCACUACUGUGAAAUAGAUGAAGCAAACCCUCAAGGCUUGACUGCUGACGAGCUGAAGAGGCUACAUGGGCGGCACGGUGAUCUAAAGCCAGAAAACAUCCUCUGGUUCAAGGACCACAAGAGCGUUUCCGAUCAAGCGGUAACCGGGGUUCUUCAAAUUGGCGAUUUCGGAUUUGCAGAUUUCCACAGCAAAGAUUCUAGAUCGCUGGUUCGUCGGAGUGCCGUCAACGGUGUCACCGAAACGUACAGCGCUCCCGAGUUUGAUGUCACACGACAGGUGUCCCCACAAUUCGAUAUCUGGUCCUUCGGCUGUAUCCUGUUACAGUUCGUAGUGUGGUAUAUGUAUGGGUGGCGUGGUAUCGAAGGCUUUUCAAGCGAACGAAUCAAGGAUUCGAAAAUACUCAUUUUUCCAUCCGAUAACUUCUAUUCUCUCGAAGUGGGUGGUACGAAUGGCUACAAAGGGCGUGCGAAACAUUCUGUUGUGGAAAUGUUCAGGCGACUGAAGCGCGAAGCCUCCAACGACUACAUUUUGGAUCUAGUCGAGUGUAUAGAGACUGAUCUUCUGCGAGUGGACAACACCAAACGCGCAAAGAUUGAAACAAUCGUUGAUACGUUCACCCGGCUUGAUAAAUGUUGCCGAGAAGCAAUAACAUAUUGUACUUCAAGAACCAAACCAGCCUCAAGGACCGAUUCAGGUUUGUCUGAAAUUGUCGAACUUCCAGAGUUUCCAGGUGGGGCCACUCAGGACCCAUUGGCCGGAGUACCAACAAACGAGCUCUUCGUUGCACCGAGGUCCAAAACUUCCAGCAAAUAUACGAAAUGGCCCGAGAAGAAAAUCGCCAAUACUACGAACGGUGAAGUGAAAACUUCGCAAAAGAACGCAUCAACGGUACCACACGUGACAAGUGUCGAUAUGGUGGCGCAAGCGCCCUCGAUAAAAUCAGAAGGAAGCGUAGACAGUGCUCAGCAUGCAAAUGGUACGGAUUCUGCAUCAGCUGGUGGUAUCGUGCGAGGGGAUUCGUCAUGGUCCACGCUCGAAUUUCCACCUCCUCUAAAUGGCCAAACACAACCAGCGCAUAGCACAUCUGCGCCAAGCGAAUCCGCUUCUUCUCAAGACACGAACGCUAAUCUGAAUCCCAAUUACGAGACCCGGCCUGCGCACCUGGCCCCUGUAAAUUUGAACGUCCCGCCGAAGGUGGUCUUGAUUAAGACCAUGCCAAACCAAUUGGAAAAUGAAUCUCAAGAGACUGGGACACCACAAAUGCGUAAAGGUUUUCGCGCACGCUGCAGGAAACUGUUGUCAAAAGUCGCAGAUUCUUUUCUUGGGAAAUGA